AUGGGCUCGGGGCGCGUGCCUGGGCUCUGCCUGCUCGUCCUGCUGGCCCACGCCCGCGCCGCCCAGCACAGCAGAACCGUGCAAGAUGUGGAUGAGUGUGUGGAGGGGACCGACAACUGCCACAUUGAUGCUAUCUGCCAGAACACCCCACGGUCAUACAAGUGCAUCUGCAAGUCUGGCUACACAGGGGAUGGUAAACACUGCAAAGAUGUGGAUGAGUGUGAACGAGAGGAUAAUGCAGGUUGUGUGCACGACUGUGUCAACAUCCCUGGCAAUUACCGAUGUACCUGUUAUGAUGGAUUCCACCUGGCACAUGAUGGACACAACUGUCUGGAUGUGGACGAGUGUGCCGAGGGCAAUGGUGGCUGUCAGCAGAGCUGUGUCAACAUGAUGGGCAGCUACGAGUGCCACUGCCGGGAAGGCUUCUUCCUCAGCGACAACCAGCACACCUGCAUCCAACGGCCCGAAGAAGGAAUGAACUGCAUGAACAAGAACCACGGCUGUGCUCACAUUUGCCGGGAGACACCCAAAGGGGGUAUUGCCUGUGAAUGCCGCCCUGGCUUCGAGCUCACCAAGAACCAACGGGACUGUAAAUUGACGUGCAACUACGGUAACGGUGGCUGCCAGCACACGUGCGAUGACACAGAGCAGGGUCCCCGGUGCGGCUGCCACGUCAAGUUUGUGCUCCAUACCGACGGGAAGACAUGCAUCGAGACCUGUGCUGUCAACAAUGGGGGCUGUGACAGUAAGUGCCAUGAUGCAGCGACGGGUGUCCACUGCAGCUGCCCUGUGGGCUUCAUGUUGCAGCCAGACAGGAAGACCUGCAAAGACAUAGACGAGUGCCGCUUGAACAAUGGUGGGUGCGACCACAUUUGCCGCAACACAGUGGGCAGCUUUGAAUGCAGCUGCAAGAAGGGCUAUAAGCUUCUCAUCAAUGAGAGGAACUGCCAGGAUAUAGACGAGUGUUCCUUUGAUCGAACCUGUGACCACAUAUGUGUCAACACACCAGGAAGUUUCCAGUGCCUCUGCCAUCAUGGCUACCUGCUGUAUGGUGUCACCCACUGCGGGGAUGUGGACGAAUGCAGCAUCAACCGGGGAGGUUGCCGCUUCGGCUGCAUCAACACUCCUGGCAGCUACCAGUGUACCUGCCCCACAGGCCAGGGCCGGUUGCACUGGAACGGCAAGGAUUGCACAGAGCCGGUAAAAUGUCUGAGCAGUCCCGGUGCCUCGAAAGCCAUGCUCAGCUGCAGCCGGUCUGGCAAGAAGGACACCUGUGCUCUGACCUGCCCCUCCCGGGCCCGGUUUUUGCCAGAGUCCGAAAAUGGCUUCACGGUGAGCUGUGGCACCCCCAGCCCCAGGGCCAUUCCAGCCCGAGCUGGCCACACCGGGAACAGCACAAACUCCAACCACUGCCAUGAGGCUGCAGUGCUGUCAGUUAAACAGCGAGCCUCCUUCAAGAUCAAGGAUGCCAAAUGCCGUUUGCACCUGCGAAACAAAGGCAAAAUGGAGGAGGCCAGCAGAAUCCCGGGGCCAGGUGGUGCCCCCUGCUCUGACUGCCAGGUCACCUUCAUCCACCUCAAAUGUGACUCCUCUCGGAAGGGCAAGGGCCGGAGGGCCCGGACCCCUCCAGGCAAGGAAGUCACUCGGCUCACCCUGGAACUGGAGGCGGAGGUCAGAGCCGAAGAAACCACAGCUGGCUGUGGGCUACCCUGCCUCCGACAGCGGAUGGAACGACGGCUGAAAGGGUCCCUGAAGAUGCUUAGAAAGUCCAUCAACCAGGACCGCUUCCUCCUGCGCCUGGCGGGCCUUGAUUAUGAGCUGGCCCACAAACCGGGCCCUGUAGCUGGGGAGCGAGCCGAGCUGGUGGAGGCCUGUAGGCCCGGGCAGCACCGCGCUGGGGCCAAGUGUGUCAGCUGCCCGCAGGGGACGUAUUACCACGGCCAGACGGAGCAGUGUGUGCCAUGCCCAGCGGGCACCUUCCAGGAGAGAGAAGGGCAGCUCUCCUGCGACCUUUGCCCUGGGAGUGAUGCCCACGGGCCUCUUGGAGCCACCAACGCCACCACGUGUGCAGGUCAGUGCUCACCUGGCCAACACUCUGUAGAUGGGUUCAAGCCCUGCCAGCCAUGUCCACGUGGCACCUACCAACCUGAAGCAGGAAGGACUUUGUGCUUUCCGUGUGGUGGGGGCCUCACCACCAAGCACGAGGGGGCCAUCUCCUUCCAAGACUGUGACACCAAAGUCCAGUGCUCCCCUGGGCACUACUACAACACCAGUAUCCAUCGCUGCAUCCGCUGUGCCCUGGGAUCCUAUCAGCCUGACUUCCGUCAGAACUUCUGCACCCGCUGUCCAGGAAACACAAGCACUGACUUCGAUGGCUCCACCAGUGUGGCCCAGUGCAAGAAUCGUCAGUGUGGUGGGGAGCUGGGUGAGUUCACUGGCUAUAUCGAGUCCCCCAACUACCCAGGCAACUACCCAGCUGGCGUGGAGUGCAUCUGGAACAUCAACCCCCCACCCAAGCGCAAGAUCCUUAUCGUGGUACCGGAGAUCUUCCUGCCAUCUGAGGAUGAGUGUGGGGACGUCCUCGUCAUGAGAAAGAACUCCUCCCCAUCCUCCAUUACCACCUAUGAGACCUGCCAGACCUACGAGCGCCCCAUCGCCUUUACAGCCCGGUCCAGGAAGCUCUGGAUCAACUUCAAGACAAGUGAAGCCAACAGCGCCCGUGGCUUCCAGAUCCCCUAUGUUACCUACGAUGAGGACUAUGAGCAGCUGGUGGAAGACAUUGUGCGAGAUGGCCGGCUCUAUGCAUCUGAAAACCACCAGGAGAUUUUAAAGGACAAGAAGCUCAUCAAGGCCUUCUUUGAGGUGCUGGCUCACCCCCAGAACUACUUCAAGUACACAGAGAAGCACAAGGAGAUGCUGCCAAAAUCCUUCAUUAAGCUGCUCCGCUCCAAAGUUUCCAGCUUCCUGAGGCCCUACAAAUAG